AUGACUGAAUCCACCAGCAAUCGCGGACUCCCGAAAUUCGCUCUCCUCCCUGCUGAGCUACGCAUCUUUAUUUGGCAAUACGCCCUUCCGAGCCCUGUUCACCAGGCUCUAUACGUUUUGAACACCCGCUGCUGGGAGGCCCACCGCUCGGACCAUGUCGAACACGAAUUAGAAAUAAUGUUCUUCCAUGACGAGCUUUACCGCAUGUUCAUUGAUAUUCCACUGCUCCUGGUAAAUCACGAAGGACGAAAUGUGGCACGGAGCUGGAUUCGAAAGAACGGCCUGACAAUUAACUACCGUUUUGCUGCUACAGGUGCCUUCUGUCUCACACGGGCUUUCAAGCCAGCUACUGAUACACUCCAUGUGCCUUACGAGCAGUUCGACAGAUUCCUCGACGGGCCGGGCAGGGAAGCAGGGCGGGCGGAUAUCGACUCGAAGCUGAGUUUGUAUAACCCGGCCAAUGGCUGGACGGCUAACGGAGCCAACUACACGACUGACUUUGUCCGUGAGUUCCUGGCUGGGGUUGCGGCGCGGUGCAAUCGCAUUUUGGCGCCUGCCACCGAGCGCAACAAGCUCAUUGCAGCGGGCAAGGGAGACUACAGUGAUGAUGAGGGAUUAGUGAUCCCCGACGCGAACUACCUGGGCUUCAACAACAAGCUCAUUACUCAAGACGUGCGCUACAUAGCCCAGACCAUGUCCAAGUGGCCGCUGCUGCACAAGGAUGGGAGCAACACUACGCAGGUUGUCCCAAGUGUUACUGUCGCUUCGGCCGGCAUUCUCAUAACGGCUGACAACAUAACCGGCGUCGACUGGACCUCGUCUCAAACCGCUCCAAUUGGCAAUGUGCCGGGAAUCUCCAAGACCUUACUGACCAUGGGUAACGCUGGUCACUACGAGUAUCUGAACGCAGAGAAGAUCUACCUUGUCGCUACCACUACAGACAAGUCGAUUGCAUUUGUGGAAGGGACUCAGCACACCAUUGAUACCUGUAUCACCUGCGAGAGCUAUUCUGGGCGGUAUGGAGAUACUUUUAAAACCGCCUUCACCUUUAUGGAUCACUGGUUCAGUCACCCGGGCCGAUUUAUCUCCGCAUAA